AUGACUACACAUAAUGUAUAUCAUGAAUUUCGCCAAGAACGGCGUAAAAAAAUCAAUGCACUAUUCCAUCAACAAUCUAAUGAUGUUGAUAGUAUGCUCACAAAAAAAUUUUUUCAAUUGGAAAAUUUACUUGAGAAGGAAACCAGAAAAUGGUGGGAGAUUACGUCAUUAGAACAAUAUCUUGCCUCUGAUUUAAUUCCCAGAGGUUUACGAAUUAUAAAAAUGCCCGCUUAUGGAGUAGAAGAUAAGGUUCUAAUGGAAGAAUGGUCACAAGCUAGUGAUGACUGUUCUAAAAAAUACAUGCAAAGCCUGAUAGAUUUCCAAAAAAGAUCGUUAAAAAAUAUAGAGGAUGAGAUAAAUACAUUAGAAGGUGAAAUUACUAAACAUAAAGAUACUAAAACAAUUGAAAUUAAAUAUAAAAAUCUUAAAGACAAAAUCACUUUUGUAGAUGAUAAAGUCUCUACCACAAAGUCUUCAAAAUUCAGAAGAGAUCAGGACGAUUAUAAAUCAGGAAAAAUUAGAAAUUGGUCCAGAAAUACUACAAGACAUGCAGACUGGAAUAAGAAACAGGGGGUUCUCUCUAGAAAAACUGUCGAAUAUUCCCAUCAUAGGGAUUUCAUACAGGAACCAAAGAGACAUCCGGUUAGACAGUUUCACCCUAGAGAUCAAUAUUCCUCUCAUUCAUCCCCUAGACCAGAUAGGGAACCUUUUUCCUCUUCCUCGGCUUUUUUAGACAAGGGGCUAGACCAAAGGAAAAGACAUCCAAACCAAUAUCCCAACACCCGCAACAGGUUCCAAGUUUUGGAAUCUCCCAGAAAAAAGAGAUUAUACACAGAAUUAGAAGAAGAAGACAAUACACCACCCCAAAAGGCGACAUACAAAUCCCACUAG